AUGAACGACAAGGACGUCCUACAGGACGUCCAGAUAGAGAUAGAGAAGGGUGCGGAUGUUCCAGUAGAGACAUGGAAGCAUGUGGUCGACGAAGCGAUCGGUGCGGAAGUCGAGGAACGGUCUAUGACCGUUCGAGAGGCAUUCAAACUGUACCCGAAAGCAGUAUUCUGGUCAUUCGCCAUAUCCCUGACUCUGAUCAUGGAGGGUUUCGACACAUCCUUGGAAGGUGUCACUGGUCUUCCAUGGUUCCGAAGAGAUUUCGGUAUCUGGGCCGGUGAGAAGGACGGAUAUCAACUCAUUCCAGCUUGGCAAUCUGCCAUUGGUUACUGCUCGAGUUUCAGCGCCAUUGGCGGUAUCGUUCUGGCCUCUUGGUUCCAGGAUCGUUAUGGAUAUCGAAGAUGUAUCCAGUUCAACUUGAUCCUUUUGACUGCCUUCCAAUUCAUCAUCUUCUUCGCCAACACGAUUGAAGUCUUCUUUGUGGGUAAACUUCUGGUAGGAAUUCCAUUCGGUGGAUUCUCCAGUUCCGCCGUGUCUUACUCUGCGGAAGUUACCCCUGUGCAGCUCAGAGGAUACCUUACGACCUACAACAAUCUUUGUUGGGUCAUCGGUCAAUUCAUGGCAUCUGGAGUACUCCGGGGAACCUCUGUUAUCGACAGCAAAUGGAGUUACAAGAUCCCAUACGCGGUGCAGUGGAUUUGGCCUAUUCCUUUAUUCCUCCUUGCUCAUUUCGCACCCGAGUCCCCUUGGUGGCUCGUCAGCCAAGGCAAGCUCGAUGAGGCCGAGAAAGCGGUUCAGAAACUCCAAAGCAAGACCGACAGGAGCGACCCGGCUCGUGCUGUAUCCUUGAUGGUCCGUACCAAUCAACUUGAGCUCGAGCAUUCCGCCGGAACCUCAUUCUUGGACUGCUUUAAAGGUACCAACCUCAGACGUACAGAGAUCGCUUGCAUGGCCUGGUCUGCUCAAGUACUUUGUGGGACGUGGUUUGGAGGAGGCGGAUCCUAUUUCUUCGAACAGGCUGGAUUGAGCACCACAACGUCUUUCAGUUUCGGUAUCGGAGGAUCUGCCAUGGGUAUAGCCGGAACUUUCCUGGCCUGGGCAGUGAUUACCUUUGUGGGACGACGAAAGAUCUUCCUCUGGGGUCUCGGUAUUCUCGGGGCAUUGCUCUUCUCUACUGGUUUCGCUCAGAUCGCCAACUUUCGAGGCAGCAAAGCCGCGCCAUGGGUUCAAGCGGUCAUCAGCAUGCUCUUCACCUUUGCAUACGACUCGACUAUCGGACCAGUGGCUUACUCUGUGGCUGCUGAGAUCCCAUCGACCCGUCUAAGAGGAAAAACCGUCGGUUUGGCCAGAAACGCGUACAAUCUAUGGGCCAUCGUGGCGGGUGUCAUUGCGCCAUACAUGACCAAUCCCCUUGCCUGGAACUGGAUUGGAUACGCUGGCUUUUUCUGGGGCGUCAGCUGUCUUCUAGUUGGAAUUUGGGCAUUCUUCCGAUUACCCGAGACGAAGGGACGGACUUUCCGAGAGUUGGACAUCUCUGUAAGCUGGGUUAACGCUUGUCUAGUGUUUGAGAACAAAGUCCCAACACGCAAGUUCGUCAAGACUCAAGUGUCCCUAGACUCGGAAGAGAUUGUCCAUUAA